AUUAUUUUGUUAAAAAAAAUAUGAGUGAUAAUUUCAAAUUGUCAAAUCAGACAUUUUCCAAACUAAAUGAAUCUGAUGUUUAUAACAAUAUUUUGACAGAAGAUGAAGGUGAUGGUGAAAAAGUUGAGCAUGGGACAAAGCAAGAAAAAAAAUAUAGUUUUGUUGUAGAAGAUUUUUAUGGCAAUAUUAAAGAUCAAAAUGGUCAAAAUAUUGAUAUAAUCAAGUAUUCAUUAACAAAUGAACAUGGCGUUUUAAUAGAAAUAAUCAAUUAUGGCGCUACUAUGAUAUCGUGUUGGUUACCAAAUGUUUUAGGAGAAUCGGAUGAUGUUUUAUUAGGGUUUGAUACUCUUGAUGAGUAUAGAAAAAAGAAUGCUCAUUUCAUCGGUGGAACUAUAGGUAGAGUAACAGAUUACAUUACAGAUGGAAAAUUUAAUUAUAAAGGAAACACGGCUAAAUUAACAAAAAAUUGUGGCUGUCAUCAUUAUAAUGGUGGUGAAAAUGGUUUUGACAAGGUUGUUUGGCAUGGCCAUAUCUCUGACGAUAAGUUAGUGCUAACAUAUUCUAGUCCUGAAGGUGAAGAAGGAUAUCCCGGAAUAUUGCAUAGUCGCAUAACCUAUCAACUAACGUGUAAAAAUGAAUUAGUCAUAGAUUAUGUGGCAUUAUCGUCAAAGCCUACACCAUUGAACUUAUCUUCUAAUAUUUUUUUCAACUUGGCUGGUCAUGACGCAGGCGAGUCUGAAAUUAUGAAUCAUUCAUUAAUGGUCAAUGCAGACGAAUAUAUAGUAAUCAAGUUGCCAGAUCGAAGACCUGUUGGUAUACUUAAAGAUGUGAGACAAACGUGUCUUGAUUUACGUGUGCCUAGAUUGUUGAAAAAAGCUUUUAGCCAUAUUCCUGGUGUUGGGUAUAACCAUACAUUCAAAUUAUUUAAGGGCAAAGAAAAAAAGGCAUUUAAUCUAGCAGCCAGCUUAGUGCAUAAAUCAUCUGGCCGCACACUAGACGUUUAUACAGACAUGCCAUGUAUUCAUAUAAAUACUGCACAGGAUUUUCCAGAUUAUGGGAAUAUAAUGAUAAAAGAUGAAAAAGUAACGAAAGUUACAGAUUUAAUUAGUCCUAAUGCAAUGUUUGGGGAAAGCGGAAGCGAGCAACAUUCAGAAACUGCUGAAGAUUUGUCCAUCUAUAGUCUUGAACAAUUAGUACCAGAGGACAUGGAGGAGGGAAAUUCAUUGCAAAUACCAACAACGGCAUAUCAAAACAACAAAGUUAAAAAAACUAACCCAAUAAUUGGCAAAUCUAAAACAAUAUAUAAUAGACUUUCGGGUAUAUCUAUACGACCUCAAUUGUAUCCAGAUGCUGUCACUCAUAAAGACUUUGUCAACAUUAUACUAGAACCUUCAAAUUUCUAUAGCCAAAGAGUCAUUUAUAAGUUUGGGUUGAUUACAAAUGAAUGAACAAAUUGUACUUAUUUAACUCCGUUGGUAACAAAAUAUAUAUUGUAUAAAAUAAAAAAAUGAACAGUUUAUCACAACAACUUUUUGGUAAAAAAAAGUACAUUCUAAAAAAUGAUAAGAAAAAUU